ACCUCCAUAAAGUUUUUGUCCGGGUGAAAAGUCAGCAGUUCUGUCUCGACGCGGGCUUACCGUCUCCGGCUCGAAACAGCACCGCCGAGUCCACGGUUCACAGGCAACAAUGACUCACCAGUUCACAGCGCUGACCCCUGAGCAGAAGCAGGAGCUCUCCUCCAUCGCUCAGAGAGUCGUUGCCACUGGAAAGGGGAUUCUAGCUGCUGAUGAGUCCACAGGUACGAUGGGGAAGCGUCUGGAGAAGAUCCAUGUUGAGAACACAGAGGAGAACCGGCGCUAUUUCAGACAGCUGCUGUUCACUGCGGACUCGACCAUCUCCCAGUGCAUCGGGGGGGUCAUCUUCUUCCACGAGACGCUCUACCAGAAGACGGACGCGGGGGUGCCCUUCCCCAACCUGGUCAAGGACAAGGGCAUCGUCGUGGGCAUCAAGGUUGAUAAGGGCACAGCAGUUCUGACAGGUACAGACGCAGAGACCACAACUCAAGGUCUGGAUGGUCUGGGGGAGCGCUGUGCUCAGUAUAAGAAGGACGGUGCUGAUUUUGCUAAGUGGAGGUGUGUGCUGAAGAUCUCGGACAGCUGCCCCUCCUCUCUGGCCAUCGCGGAGAACGCCAACGUGCUCGCUAGAUACGCCAGCAUCUGCCAACAGAACGGUCUGGUUCCGAUCGUGGAGCCGGAGAUUCUCCCGGAUGGGGAUCACUCUCUGCUUCGCUGUCAGUACGUCACGGAGAAGGUCCUGGCCGCAGUCUAUAAAGCUCUGAAUGACCACCACGUCUAUCUGGAGGGCACUCUGCUCAAACCCAACAUGGUGACGGCUGGCCAGGCCUGCCCCAAGAAGCCCAGCCCCGCCGAGAUCGCCAUGGCAACGGUGACCGCUCUCCGCAGGACUGUACCAGCCGCGGUGCCAGGUAUCUGUUUCCUUUCCGGGGGUCAGAGCGAGGAGGAUGCCUCUCUUAAUCUCAACGCCAUUAACCAGUGCCCCCUGCCCAAGCCCUGGAAGCUCACCUUCUCCUACGGGAGAGCCCUGCAGGCCUCCACGCUCUCUGCCUGGGCAGGCAAGCCAGGAAACCUCCAGGCUGCACAAGCGGCCUUCACUGAAAGAGCCAAGAUUAAUGGAUUGGCAUCGACGGGAUCUUACGUUCAGAGCGGACAGAAAGACAAGGCUGCCUCCCAGUCUCUCUUCACUGCCAGUUACGUCUACUAGACCAGUGCGCUCCUUAAACUGGGACCAGUAAGGCUCACACACCUGAGCCACUGCUUUUGCACCAAAAAAAAAAAAAAAAUUACAUUCCAAAAGUUGAUUUUUUUUUACAAAUCACAAAAAUGUGCCGACGUCUGUCUGUGAGCCUUUCUUUCUUCCCGAGCGUUUGAAGUCAUGGGGAGAUUUAAAUAAAAAUCUACACUGUUGGAAA